UUAAUAGGAAAAAGAACAUUUACAGUCUGUAGAGAGAGGAAGCAUUUAACCGUGAUCUAUUUAUGGCUGACCCCCAAACGAAGGCCGGCUUCUUGACCUGACCCUGUCGGAGCCUGUGUGUAUUCUGGCAGGUGGUUGUGGGAUAAAAACCUGACGUGUCUCUGAUAAGAAAUGUCCCUCUGCAUGUGCCACGUUGCUGAACAGACAGCAGAGUUGAGGAGUCAAACCCUCAUGCAUUUCUUUUGGAAAAGACACAGCAGCUGGUGUGAGCCAUGUCCGGACUCAACGCGUCUCUCGGAUAUUUUGUGGCUGUCGUCAUCUUCGCAGCCUUAGUCCGAACGCUCCUUAAAAAAUGGCCGCGCUUUGGCUUCAUGUUGGAGUUUGCCUCCUCUUUCAUGCUGGUGGCGUGUUGGCUGGAGGUGCAGACCAUCGUGGAGGUGGGUGAGUGGGCCGGGGGCCUGGGGCCUGACGUGACUUUAACCAUCCUGUUUGUGGUGCUGCUGACCCAUGGCGUGAUUUGUGGCGGUGCGUCGGGGAACCCCUCCCUAGUUGUGCUGAAGUUCCUGCAGCUGGAGGCCUCCACGCUGCCCACCCUCCUCGCUGUUGCAGCCCAGUUUCUGGGGGCCCACCUGGCUCGGCUGGUAGCUGGAUACUACUGGAGUCUGGAGCUGACAGACAUGCACAUGAUCAAAAACCUGAUGGCCAGAGAGUGCAGCACGUCUAUGCUGGUCUCUCUGCUGCAGGGUUUUUUCACAGAGUGUGUUUGCACGCUCAUCUUUCACCUCAUCUAUCUGAACCUGCGGCGCAGAUCUGCUCUGAUCCGGAUCCCCCUGAUAGCUGUCCUGCUCACUUUCCUGUCCCACACAGCUCGAGGCUACACGUCAGCGUACAUAAAUCCCUCCCUGUCCUACGGCCUCACCUUCUUCUGUCCUGGAUUCACCCUCACACAGUACGCAGCCGUCUACUGGCUGGGCCCUCUCACAGGCAUGAGUCUGGCUCUCCUCCUGUACAUGGGCCACAUCCCCAGGAUCUUCGCCAAGAACCUUCUGUACUCUCAGAAGACCCGCUUCAGAGUGCCGAAGGGGGACAAAGCAGAGAAGAAGCAAAUGUGAAGAAAAUAUACAUUUUUAUUUUCUAAGUCAAACUUUAAAGGAAAAUACCUGAUAAUAAGAUAUUGUUACUGUACAGAAAAUGUAAAAUAUCAACAGGACAAAUUAAUUUAAUCCUUCAAUUCUUGUUGGCAGUUUUUAA